CCCUGCAAACAGGAAGUUUGGCACAUGCAGUGCUCUUAGCUUCUCUGUAAGAAGUUGUUAAGCUCCUUCUGGAAUAUUUUCAGUUACUUUAAGGAAAGUGUAAAUGCCCAUGAAUGGCAGCUUACAGAGAACUACCCUGUAACCAGUAUACAGGUACCUCUACUGCUCUUCAGAAACUGGAAGGCUUUGCUAGCCGAUUAUUUCAUAGACACUCUAAAGGUACUACCCAUGAUCAGAAAACAGCUCUGGAAAAUGACAGUCUGCAUUUCUCUGAACAUACUACCUUAUGGGACAGAUCAAUGAAAGAAUUUCUAGCCAAAGCAAAAGAAGACUUUCUGAAAAAGUGGGAGAAUCCUCCUCCGAAUAAUGCUGGGCUUGAGGAUUUUGAAAGGAAAAAAACCCUUGGAACAGGUUCAUUUGGAAGAGUCAUGUUGGUGAAACAUAAAGCCACUGAACAGUAUUACGCUAUGAAGAUCUUAGAUAAGCAGAAGGUUGUUAAACUGAAGCAAAUAGAGCAUACUUUGAAUGAAAAAAGAAUAUUACAGGCAGUGAAUUUUCCUUUUCUUGUCCGACUGGAGUACUCUUUUAAGGAUAAUUCUAAUUUAUACAUGGUUAUGGAAUAUGUUCCUGGAGGUGAAAUGUUUUCACAUCUAAGAAGAAUUGGAAGGUUCAGUGAACCCCAUGCACGGUUCUAUGCAGCUCAGAUAGUGCUAACAUUUGAGUACCUCCAUUCAUUAGACCUCAUCUACAGAGAUCUGAAGCCUGAAAAUCUUUUAAUUGACCAUCAAGGUUAUAUCCAGGUUACAGACUUUGGGUUUGCCAAAAGAGUUAAAGGUAGAACUUGGACAUUAUGUGGCACUCCAGAAUAUUUGGCUCCAGAAAUAAUCCUCAGCAAGGGCUACAAUAAAGCAGUGGACUGGUGGGCGUUAGGAGUGCUAAUCUAUGAAAUGGCAGCUGGCUACCCCCCAUUCUUUGCAGACCAACCAAUUCAGAUUUACGAAAAGAUUGUUUCUGGGAAGGUCCGAUUCCCAUCCCACUUCAGUUCGGAUCUCAAGGACCUUCUCAGGAACCUGCUCCAGGUAGAUUUGACCAAGCGAUUUGGAAAUCUAAAGAAUGGUGUGAGUGAUAUAAAAACUCACAAGUGGUUUGCCACAACAGAUUGGAUUGCUAUUUACCAGAGAAAGGUUGAAGCUCCAUUCAUACCAAAGUUCAGAGGCUCUGGAGAUACCAGCAACUUUGACGACUAUGAAGAAGAAGAUAUUCGUGUCUCUAUUACAGAAAAAUGUGCAAAAGAAUUUUGUGAAUUUUAGAGGAACAAGACGCCAUCAGAGCUCACAGUCAGCCUUUGCACUCUGUUGAGGUAUCAGGUGGAGCUGCGAGCGUCCUUGUUGAAGCAGUUACCUAGUUCCUUCAUUCCAGCAACCGAGUGAGGUCUUUAUGCCAUCAUCCGUGUGCACUCUGCAUCCACCUGUGUAACCAGGCACCUCUCCGUGAGCAUUGCCUGUGCCACCACACAGGCAGACCACUUUCCUAUUUUUUCAGUUGUCUUUCUCCCCACUCCUCCAUCAUUUCUUUCUCCUCAUUUCUUUCUCUGAACAUUUUAUUUUGUUGUGUUUUAGAUGAGCAGUGUUAUGGCUCUGUGAUAUUUGAAAGGAAGGAUAAAUGCUUUCAGUAGUUUGGGGGAAUAUUUGUGUUAUCCAAUGGCUUGAAGAUAAACCUAAUAAUUAUUUUUCACUGAGUCGCUCAGACUCAGUUUUGCCAAAACUCUUAAAUAAUUUUCAAAGAUAGAAUGUUUUAUCACCAAGGAAAUUUACUCAACUUAAGACAAUAACUUGCUUUGGAAUUCUCUAUCUGACCAAGUUAAAAUUGCUAUUCCCAGAAAUGUAGAAUUCUCUAGAUCCAAAGGUUUGGCUUCUUAACUCCUCAUCCCCUUGAGUAAUUGCAGGACCAUAUAGCAAAGUCUCACUGGUUGGGAACAAUGAGUGGUGUGGAUCCCCACCUAGCCUGUCUCCCUUGCUAGCAGCAUGUUUGUGGGUAGGAGAGAGGUACAGUGAAGGUUUCUGAACCUUAACUUUCUCAUGGGGUUUUAGCCAGUAUUUUCAUAGAACAUGAUGGAUAAGAGUGAUAGAUUUUAAAGUUUCUCAAAUAGUACUCAUUGUAAAUUUUUUAAAGGAAAAGAAGCAAACUACAAGAGACAUUGGUUUGAUAAAUACUUUGCUAAGUCAAACAAAUGGCUUGUUCUUGCAAUCAAUAUAGAGGUACUCUUAUUUAAGUGAGGUUUAUUUUGUUUGUGUUGUUUUGUAACAGUUAUAAACAAAGGAAGUUGCUAUCUGCUUGUUAUUCUGGUGUAUUAUAUUUAUAAGCCUAAAUCAGGAGCACUGUUGCAACUUCUUCUUUUAUCCCCCGCCUCAGCAGUGAGGACAGGGGAGAAGGUUUAUAAAACUGCCACAUUUGUAUUUUAAUUUUGAGGUGUGAUAUUUUUAGGUAUGUCCUAAUUUCUAAUCUCUUUUCUCUAGGUAAACAGAAUGUAUGAUCAUGCAGAUACAAUUUUAGUAUUUGAGUUUACUUUUUUAUACAUUUUUGCCAACUGAUUUAACAAUGUUGCUGUCAUGCGGAAAUUUCAAGCACUUUUGCACAUUUAGUUCAGUGUUUGUUGGGACUCCAUGCUUAACUAAAUUUUUUUUACUAUUUUUUUCUUGGCUUUUAAUUUUUCCCAGCUGAUUUUAUCUCUGUGUCUCAGUGACCUAUCUUUUAGCAACACACCAAAAUACUUUAAAAUAAGCUGCAUUCAUUUUUUGAUCAAUUUACAUACAAACAAGAUGAAUUGUUUCUGGUCAAAUCGACCCUACUGUAUAUAAUCAUUCUAUUUGCUUCCUUAUUGGUGCAGGUAGGUCGCUGACACUGUCUGUUCAUCUGUACCACCCUUUAUAACACCUUGAAAUCAUUGUCUAUUCUUUCCUCCAGUCUGUAUGUCUUUUGGUUGUCAAAUGUUUCUGCAUGGUAAUGUCAUAUAAAGGCUAAUAGUGAUUUCAGUUGGUCCUCCUAUAUUUAAAAUGUGCAAGAAAAAUUUGAAACACUCCGCUAUAGCAAGUUUCAUGUAACAAAGACAUGUCAUCAUGUUAAUAAAUUUAAAAUAACAUUUGUAUAAAGAAACUUAAUUUUUUGUAUUUCAUUUCAACCCAAGAAUGUGCUGAUCCUUGUAUGCUCUAUGUAUGCUACAAAUUCUAUGGUAGCUUUAUUGUAUAUUACUAUAAAAUUAUUUCAAUAAAUCAUGGGGAUGACAA